ACUAAAACUGUUGACAACUUUAAAUUUGUUUGUCUUGGAACACUAAACCUAAGACAAGAAAAGGAAUAUAAACUUGUUAUCCUGCGCGGACCCCUUCUGAGUCGUCAAGGAGGAUGGAAUAGCAUUGUUUCACCCAGCUAGAAUGUGAAGUUGGAACAUGAUGACCCAGCCCGUCGGCUAGUUUUGUCUGCUUUUUACAACUAGACGAGCUUAUUAACUAUCAACUAAGCUUUACUGGCCAUUGUGUGCGUAUAAACGUACAAGAGGACUAUUGUCAGAUGAGAUUUCAUGCAUUUUGUUGAUCGUUUCUGUCGAUUCGAUUUGUUUCUUUUGCCAGGUUUAUAGACAGCUAGGAUAACGUCGUGAAUCUGUGUGGACCAUCUUGUUCAUUUGGCUGUAAAAGUAAUUGUCAUGAUGUCGCUUGGAAACGUACUGAACAGUUAAUUUGUGAAAAAAUUCAGAGCUAUUGUCCGGGAUACCUGUCUGAUCAGAUUUAUCUGCUUGUUUAGCUAAGAUUGCCAGUUAACCUUGGUAUCAAAAAGUGGACUUAUUCUCUUUAAAAGAUAGCUUGCUGGCUAACGUAGCUGUUUGUGUUGAGGUUAGUUUGGGGUUGAUCGGAACCGUUUAAAUUAAACGAAAAAUAUCCUAAACGCGAUAUGAAAGUGUGUACUGGGUGUGGACUAUUCAAUUACGGAUUUUUUAGAGGGUUAAGUUAGUUAUUUGUCGGUGUCGAAACAGGAAGGUUUAGGGAAAGAGAGUCCGUUUUUACAGGAUGAUAACCAUACUUGAAAUUUGCUAUAAUUUUUGGACUCAGUUGUGAAACGACUCGGUGAAAGUUUUGCUGCACAGUAGACAAUUUUAAGGGCCAAACGGACUGAUCCUGUAGCUCUAGAUGUCAGCUGUAGCUACCUCAUUUUAUUAAAGUGAUAUUAUUGACAUUGUUGUCUGAAACAUGUUUCUUGAGCGUUCAAGGCAACACUAUCAGAGGCGGUGGUCGUUUGAAUGAACUGAAAUGCCUGUAAUGUUUGGAUAUCAUAAUGCUAUCGAUGAACUUUAACAAAGCGAGCUUCGACAGCCAACACUACUUACAGGAUUCUGGAGAAUCACAAAUCUGGAUGAAUUUGGAUUAUAUCCAGACAGGCGCAAUUUUUGCCAUUUAACUGAUCAAGACACAUUUGCAGUCUUUUUUGUAAUCAUUUAGCAUCAUGGGCGAGAACAACUUGAACGACUCUAAUGUUAAGGUCGCUGUCAGGGUCCGACCUAUGAACCGGAGAGAGAAGGAGCUGAACACAAAAUGUGUUGUAGAAAUGGAAGGCAACCAAACAUUUCUGUACCCAGCAAGUGGAAACCUAGGAAAAGCAGAUACACGGAGUCAACCCAAGGUCUUUGCUUACGACUAUUGUUUCUGGUCCAUGGAUGAGUCAGAAACAGAUAAGUUUGCAGGUCAAGACGUGGUGUUUCAGUGCCUGGGAGAGAGCCUUUUGCACAAUGCCUUUCAAGGUUACAAUGCCUGCAUCUUUGCAUAUGGACAGACAGGUUCGGGAAAGUCGUACACUAUGAUGGGCUCGGUGGACCAGCCGGGCCUGAUACCUCGCCUGUGCAGCUCCCUUUUUGAACGCACCAUACAGCACCAACGAGAGGAGGAGAGCUUCACCGUGGAGGUGUCCUACAUGGAGAUCUACAACGAGAAGGUCCGAGACCUCCUGGACCCCAAAGGGAGUCGUCAGGCGCUGAGAGUGAGGGAGCAUAAAGUACUGGGGCCGUAUGUGGACGGUCUGUCACGACUCGCUGUCGCUAGCUAUAAGGACAUCGAAUCCCUGAUGUCUGAGGGGAAUAAAUCUCGCACAGUGGCUGCCACUAAUAUGAACGAGGAAAGCAGUCGAUCCCACGCUGUCUUCAACAUCAUCCUCACGCACACGCUCAGAGACCUCCAGUCUGGGACCAGCGGGGAGAAGGUGAGCAAGCUGAGUCUGGUGGAUUUGGCCGGGAGCGAAAGGGCCGCCAAGACUGGAGCUGCUGGAGACAGACUGAAGGAGGGCAGCAACAUUAACAAGUCUCUGACCACUCUAGGUUUGGUGAUCUCAGCCUUGGCAGAUCAAGGUGCUGGGAAGAACAAGAGCAAGUUUGUACCUUACAGAGACUCUGUGCUCACGUGGCUACUCAAGGACAGUCUGGGAGGUAACAGCCGGACUGCCAUGGUCGCCACGGUGAGCCCGGCGGCGGAUAAUUAUGACGAAACCCUGUCCACGCUGCGCUACGCAGACAGGGCCAAGAGUAUAGUCAACCAUGCAGUGGUCAACGAAGAUCCCAACGCCAGAAUCAUCAGAGAGCUCAGAGAGGAGGUGGAGAAACUGCGCGACCAGCUCACCCAAGCAGAGUCCAUGAAGGCUCCGGAACUGAAGGACAGGUUGGAGGAGUCGGAAAAGUUGAUCCAGGAGAUGACGGUUACCUGGGAAGAGAAACUGAGAAAGACGGAGGAAAUUGCACAGGAGAGACAAAAGCAGUUGGAGAGUUUGGGAAUUUCUCUGCAGUCAUCGGGGAUUAGGGUUGGUGAGGACAAAUGUUUCCUGGUCAACUUAAAUGCCGAUCCUGCCCUCAAUGAACUUCUGGUCUAUUAUUUGAAGGAGCACACUAAAGUGGGUUCAGUGGACUCUCAGGACAUCCAGCUGUGUGGGAUGGGCAUUCAAGCUGAGCACUGCGUUAUUAACAUCAGCCCAGAGGGGGCAGUGUUUCUCACCCCACACCGAAACUCCAGAACCUGCGUGAAUGGCUCUCCGGUCACCAGUCAACAGCAGCUUCACCAUGGCGACCGUAUUCUAUGGGGCAACAACCACUUUUUUAGGAUAAACCUGCCGAAGCGUCGCUCGCGGACAGGGCCUGAGGAAGAGGAGGGUGAAGGAGGGAACAUGAAGAACAGUAAUAGCAGCGAGCAGUUGGAUGGAGACGGGGACACGGCCAGCGAGGUGUCCAGUGAGGUCAGCUUUAGCUAUGAGUUUGCCCAGACAGAGGUCAUGAUGAAGGCACUGGGGAACAACGAUCCCAUGCAGGCCGUGUUGCAGAGCCUGGAGCGACAGCACGAGGAGGAGAAGAGGACCGCCCUGGAGCGCCAGAGGCUGAUGUACGAGCAGGAGCUGCAGCAGCUGCGCAAACGGCUGACCCCCGAGAGGCAGAGCAUGCAGUUGUCGCAGUUCCAGCAGCAGGCGCAGCAGCAGCAGCAGCACUAUCGCAGCAUGGAGAGACUCAGCCUGGGCGGAGUCACAGCGUCGUCGCCCAGCGCUCAGAGCCGACUCCGACAGUGGAGCGAGGAGAGAGAGGCUGUGUUGACCAGAAGCCUUAGAAAACUGAGGGAACAGAUUGUGAGAGCGAACCUGCUGGUGCAGGAAGCAGGCUUCAUCGCCGAGGAGCUGGACAAAAAAACGGAGUACCGCGUCACACUGCAGAUCCCCGCUGCCAAUCUCAACGCCAAUAGAAAGCGCGAUGUUGUGUUGAGUGAACCUGCGGUGCAAGUGAGGCGUAAGGGGAAAGGAAAACAGAUCUGGACUCUGGAGAAGAUGGAGAACAGACUGGUGGACAUGAGAGAGCUCUACCAGGAAUGGAAAGACUACGAUGAGGACAAUCCGGUCAUGCGUUCCUACUUCAAGAGAGCAGAUCCUUUCUUUGACGAGCAGGUGAACCACAGUCUCAUUGGGGUGGCCAACGUUUUUCUGUCCUGUCUUUUCUACGACGUGAAGCUCCAGUACGCUGUCCCUAUCAUAAAUCAGAAAGGAGAGGUGGCAGGGAGGCUCCAUGUGGAGGUGGUGCGCGUGGCUGGAGGAUUUGAGGACAGCAUGGCAGGAGGAGAGGAGAGCGACAGCAGCCCAGAGGGAGAAAUGCAAGAGCGUAAGCUAGUCUGCAUGAUAAAGAUCCUCCAGGCCACAGGGCUACCCCAGUACCUGUCCAACUUUGUCUUCUGUCAGUACUCGUUCUGGGACCAGGCUGAGCCCACCAUCGUGGCCCCUGAGGUGGACCCCUCUGCCUCCUCCCCCAGCAGCAAGGACCCCCACUGCAUGGUGGUGUUUGACAGCUGUAAGGAGGUGGCAGUUUCUGUGACGGAAGACUUUAUUGAGUAUCUGACAGAGGGGGCAUUGGCUAUUGAGGUGUAUGGACACAGACAGGCUGAUCCAGGCAGAAACCCAGCGCUGUGGGACCUCAGUAUCAUUCAGGCAAAGACUCGUACGCUCAGAGACAGGUGGAGUGAGGUCACCCGUAAACUAGAGAUGUGGGUCCAGGUGUUGGAGCUAAAUGAAAACGGGGAGUUCAUGCCUGUUGAGGUGGUGCCAGCUCGAGAUGUUCGCACAGGUGGCAUCUUUCAACUCAGACAGGGCCAGUCGCGGCGGCUGCAGGUAGAAGUGCGUUCAGUGCAGGACUCUGGCACCAUGCCUCUGAUAGCAGAGAUCAUUCUGGCCGUUUCCGUUGGAUGCGUGGAGAUCAAGCAGGCUCGCCCAGCGAAAAAUAACGACUCCCAACCUGUGGAGGGAGAUGAAAUGGACAGCUAUCAGGAACGAGAUUUGGAGAGACUACGGAGACAGUGGUUGACUGCUCUUACCAAAAGGCAAGAGUACCUAGACCAACACUUGCAGACCCUUGUCAGCAAAACAGAUAAGUCAGAGGAUGAUGUGGAGCGAGAGGCACAGCUGUUGGAGUGGCGUCUGACUCUCACUGAGGAGAGAAAUGCAGUUAUGGUGCCCUCUGCUGGUAGUGGAAUACCCGGCGCGCCUGCUGAGUGGGUUCCAAUCCCUGGCAUGGAAACUCACAUUCCCGUCCUUUUCCUGGAUCUCAGUGCGGAUGAUUUCAGUUCUCAGGACAACCUGGAUGCCCCAGAGGCUGGUGGCUGGGACGCCACACUGAAUGGGGAGGAUGAGGAUGAGUUCUUUGACCUUCAGAUUGUCAAACACUACGAUGGAGAGGUGAAGGCAGAGGCUUCGUGGGACUCCACGGUGCACGAGUGUCCACAGCUGAGUCGAGGGACAACUCCGGAUCAGAGGGUCUACCUGACAGUCCGCGCCGUCGUCCAGCUCAGCCACCCGGCAGAAAUGCAGCUGGUGCUCCGCAAACGCAUUUGCGUCAACCUCACUGGACGACAGGGCUUUGCCCAAAACCUCCUCAAAAGAAUGUCCACACGCAGCACUAUCCCUGGCUGUGGGGUGACCUUUGAGGUGGUCUCUAACAUCCCAGGGCAGGACACUCAGAGCUCAGAGGACAGGGAGAUGCUAGCGCGCAUGGCUGCCAGCGCAGAAAACCCCAAAUCCUCGGACAACGAGGCGGCGAUAGAGAAGUACCUCCGCAGCGUUCUGGCUGUGGAGAACAUCCUCACCCUGGAUCGACUGCGACAGGAAGUGGCAGUGAAAGAACAUCUUGCUGGCAAAGGGAAAGGAAGCAGACGCAGUCUCAGCUCUCCCAGUGUCCACAGAUUAUCUGGAAGCAGACAAGACCUGUCUCUAAACUCUUCGCUGGAAGACAACAAGAGUCGAUGGGAAAGCCAGCAGGACAUCUUCUCCACCUCUCCCCAGUUCAGCCGUACUCUGCAACGACCCCCUUCCCCACCCACUCAGACCCAGACCCAGACCCAGAACCAGAACCAGACCCAGAACCAGGAUCCUGAGCAAGUCAAGGCCCUCGUGCCCCAAAUGCCCAAGCUGCUCAAAUCCCUCUUCCCUGUUCGGGAUGACAAGAAAGACCUGCGCCCUUCACCCCAGUCUCAGCAGCAUAUGCCUCGAAUUUUGAUGCAAACUGCCAAUGUUGCUGAAGAAAGCAGAAACAGAGCAGAACCGGUAACUAUGGUAGGGAGGAAUCCCGCCACAGAAAAACAGCCGGAAGCCCCAGAUGCCCCGCCCUCAUCCGUGCAUGAUCCGCAUGACACGCCCCUCAGCCCCAUAAGCGAGUCGUCCAGUGGCUAUUUCUCCACUAGCGUUUCCACAGCGACCCUUUCCGAUGUUUCCACCGCUUGUGGGGACCUUCCCCAAACCCCAAGUGCCCAAACAAGUCCAGGAAGCAUAGCCUCAACGGUCAAACAGGGAGGCAAUGCCGACGAGGACAUUUUAACCACGCCUGUGCAUGCUUCUGUUACUCCCGUAGAAACUGGUCCAAAAUGUAGCUCUACAGAGCUGCUUAGAACCCAGGAGCCCGCCAGGACUCUGACAUCCCCCAAAGACCCUCGGGCAACUGAUAGGAAUGGUGUGGCCAAUCCUCAGCCCUCCAAAACCAAGACCAACACUGUCCCCUUAGCUUCUAACCCUGCCGCAGACAACCCUUUCACCAUUCAGAGGGUCAAAUCCUCUGAUCUCAGGUCUUUCACUCGCAUUCUGGGUGACGACAACGAGAGAGGAGGAAAAGCCCCCCCUGGGCAGGCCGACAGCCUGGAGAAGUUAGAGAUCACCUCUGACGAGGAGACCGGCAAAGAGACCGAGCUUCCCCAUUGGUUGAAACCUGGAGAGUUUGUCACGGUGGGGACCUCAAAGACUGGCACUGUGCGUUUUGUCGGGCGCACCGACUUCUCGGAUGGCAUCUGGGUCGGGGUUGAGCUCGACACUCCUUCAGGUAAAAACGAUGGAACGGUGGGAGGCCGUCAGUAUUUCCGCUGUAACCCUGGAUACGGGGUGUUAGUGCGCCCAGACAGAGUCGCUCGACGGGAGGGAUCCAAGCACUACGUAGAGAAUCGCCGCAGCGGCGAUCAUAGCCAGCACGCCCCCAUCAUGCGGACCAGAGCAGGGUCAGCCACCACUGGCCACAGAGAGAACCGCAAGUCCUGGAGCAACUGAAAAUAAAACAAAAACAAAAAAAAAAAGUUUGAUGGUGGGAAGAAACUCCUCUCUGGGUUCCUUUACCCAUAAGUCUCCAGGGAAGACUCCUGCUCUUCCUUCCCCCCAGUGGUGAUCCGUUUCGCUGCCCCUGUUCUUCUAGAUGUGGUGCUACCUUCCUUUAUCCACAUCUCAUUGGCUUUACACAGACACACACACACACACACCCUUAAGUGUUGUCCGGUGUGUUUUUGCUGCGUAAAGGAAGAGCGUGACUGUCCCCAAUUGCUGCGUCAUCAGAAUUGAAAUGAAUGGUGCCGUGAGUAGUCUUGAAUUGACUUUAAAAUCA